GUGACAACGCAGUGGGCGGGGCCUUACCUCAGAUCAGGGCAGAGAGUCUAGUCUUUGGUGAGACUGAGGGGGAGUGAAGAGAGAAACGGACAGGGAUUGCUCUCCAGAGAACGGGAAUCCGCAUGCAAGGCGAUCUCCGGCUCGGCGGACGUUCUCCAGUCACCAUGAGCGAUUAGGACCGCCGCUCUCCAAGGGAUAUAAUGGCUUUUUUUGUAAUAGCCCCACACUACCAUCUGACAUGUGACACCAGCUGCCUGUGAAGGGGCCCCGUCAGCUGUUUAUGGGAACCGUCGGUGUCUCUGCACUCCUGAGGACUGAAGUUUUUUUUGGCUUUCUUUUCUUCCUAAAGCACAACACUUUCCCCCUUUAAGCCCCACUGUCGGGUCAGAGCAGCGGCGCUUUGCGGGAGACUCGGGGUUGGCAGCGGAGGGCAAGGCGAUGGCGAACAACUCGUACAGUGGGGUGAAGAACUCCCUGGUGGAGGCCAACCACGAUGGGGAGUUUGGCUGCACGCUCAAGGAACUGCGCUCCUUGAUGGAGCUGCGGGGUGCCGAGGCGAUAGGCAAACUCGGCGAAUGUUACGGAGACGCCCACGGACUCUGCAACCGUUUAAAAACGUCGCCUUCAGACGGUCUUAGCGGACAGCCGGCCGACAUUGAGAAGCGAAAAACUGUGUUUGGACAAAAUUUAAUCCCACCCAAAAAACCCAAAACUUUCUUACAAUUAGUGUGGGAGGCACUACAGGAUGUCACGUUAAUUAUCCUUGAAGUGGCAGCCAUAGUUUCACUAGGCCUUUCUUUUUAUAGACCGCCAGAUGCCGAAAGAGAACAUUGUGGAAAAGCUGCCGGUGGCGUGGAGGACGAGACAGAGUCGGAGGCAGGCUGGAUAGAGGGCGCCGCCAUUCUUCUGUCGGUCAUCUGUGUCGUGCUGGUGACGGCGUUCAAUGACUGGAGUAAAGACAAGCAGUUUAGGGGCCUCCAGAAUCGCAUUGAGCAGGAGCAGAAAUUCACCGUUGUCCGAGGGGGGCAAGUUAUCCAAAUUCCCGUGGCGGAGAUCGUGGUAGGCGACGUGGCACAAGUAAAAUAUGGUGACCUCUUACCUGCAGAUGGAGUCCUUAUACAAGGCAAUGACCUUAAAAUCGAUGAGAGCUCCCUCACAGGGGAGUCGGACCACGUGAAGAAAACACUAGAAAAAGAUCCUAUGCUGUUAUCAGGCACCCAUGUCAUGGAAGGCUCAGGGAAAAUGGUGGUCACUGCUGUGGGUGUCAACUCUCAAACUGGAAUUAUCUUCACUCUACUUGGGGGUAACGAAGAUGACGACGAAGAUGAAGAGGAGAAGAAGAAGGAAAAGGAGGAGAAGAAAAAACAGCGAAAAAACAAGAAACAGGACGGAUCAGUGGAAAAUCGGAAAAAAGCAAAAGCACAGGAUGGCGCUGCUAUGGAAAUGCAGCCUCUCAACAGCGAUGAAGCUACUGAUGCAGAGGAGAAGAAAAAAGCCAACCUGCCAAAGAAGGAAAAGUCUGUUCUCCAAGGCAAACUAACCAAACUGGCCGUGCAGAUCGGAAAAGCAGGGCUGCUCAUGUCGGCCAUCACCGUCAUCAUCCUGGUGGUGCUAUUCGUCGUGGACACAUUCUGGGUCCAGAACCUGCCUUGGGUCAAGGACUGCACGCCCAUUUAUAUCCAGUUCUUCGUGAAGUUCUUCAUCAUUGGCGUGACCGUUCUGGUGGUGGCCGUUCCCGAAGGCCUGCCGCUGGCCGUCACCAUCUCCCUGGCGUACUCCGUGAAGAAAAUGAUGAAGGAUAACAACCUUGUGAGACAUUUGGAUGCCUGCGAGACGAUGGGUAACGCUACAGCCAUUUGCUCUGACAAGACCGGAACUCUCACCAUGAACCGCAUGACUGUGGUCCAGGCCUACAUCGCCGAAAAGCACCACAAGAAGGUCCCUGAGCCGGAAAACAUCCCCUCCCCCGCUUUAGACGUGCUGAUUCUGGGCAUAGCGGUUAACUGCGCCUACACUACUAAUAUCAUGCCUCCAGAAAAAGAAGGGGGUCUGCCUCGGCAGGUGGGCAACAAAACGGAGUGCGCCUUGCUCGGCUUCUCUAACGAUCUGAAACGGGACUACCACGCCAUCCGCAACGAAAUCCCCGAAGAGAAGCUCUACAAGGUCUACACCUUCAACUCGGUCCGCAAAUCCAUGAGCACCGUGUUGAAGAUGGCGGACGGCAGCUUUCGGAUGUUCAGCAAAGGAGCCUCAGAAAUCCUCCUGAAAAAGUGCUGCAAAAUCCUGACGGCCAGUGGCGAGCCAAAGCUCUUCCGCCCGCGGGACCGAGACGACAUGGUGAAGAAAGUCAUCGAGCCCAUGGCAUCAGAAGGCCUGAGGACCAUCUGCCUCGCCUACAGAGACUUUUCUGCCUCCGACGGCGAGCCCGACUGGGAUAACGAAAACGAUAUCCUCUCUGGACUGACCUGCAUCUGCGUGGUGGGCAUCGAGGACCCCGUGAGACCAGAGGUGCCGGACGCCAUCAGGAAGUGCCAGCGUGCCGGCAUCACGGUGCGGAUGGUGACCGGGGACAACAUCAACACGGCCCGCGCCAUCGCCUCCAAGUGUGGAAUCCUGCUGCCUGGAGACGACUUCCUCUGCCUGGAGGGCAAAGAGUUCAACCGCCGGAUACGCAACGAAAGAGGAGAGAUCGAACAAGAGCGAAUUGACAAAAUCUGGCCCAAACUACGAGUUCUGGCUCGGUCGUCUCCCACAGAUAAACACACCUUAGUUAAAGGAAUCAUCGACAGCACAGUAGCCGAGCAGAGGCAGGUCGUCGCGGUGACGGGAGACGGCACGAACGACGGUCCCGCCUUGAAGAAAGCCGACGUUGGUUUCGCCAUGGGGAUCGCCGGGACAGACGUAGCGAAGGAAGCGUCGGACAUCAUUCUGACCGACGACAACUUUUCCAGCAUCGUCAAAGCCGUCAUGUGGGGGCGAAACGUCUACGACAGCAUCUCCAAGUUCCUCCAGUUUCAGCUGACCGUGAACGUCGUGGCCGUCAUUGUAGCAUUCACAGGAGCCUGCAUCACACAGGACUCGCCGCUGAAAGCAGUCCAGAUGUUGUGGGUAAACCUGAUCAUGGACACGUUUGCGUCAUUAGCUCUGGCCACCGAGCCCCCGACAGAAUCCUUGCUGCUGAGGAAGCCGUACGGCCGCAACAAGCCUCUCAUCUCCCGCACCAUGAUGAAGAACAUCCUCGGCCAUGCCGUGUACCAGCUAACCAUCAUCUUCACGCUGCUUUUCGCCGGAGAGAAGCUGCUUGACAUCGACAGCGGCAGAAACGCUCCCCUCCACGCCCCUCCCUCCGAACACUACACCAUCGUCUUCAAUACGUUUGUUCUGAUGCAGCUUUUCAACGAAAUCAACGCCCGCAAAAUCCACGGAGAGCGCAACGUCUUCGAGGGAGUUUUCAACAACCUCAUCUUCUGUAGUAUAGUCUUUGGCACCUUUAUCAUCCAGAUAGUUAUAGUUCAGUUUGGAGGGAAACCAUUCAGCUGUGUGGCUCUGACCAUUGACCAGUGGCUGUGGUGCACUUUCCUGGGCUUUGGCUCCUUGCUCUGGGGACAGGUCAUCUCCUCAAUUCCCACCAGUCGCUUAAAAUUCCUGAAAACGGCGGGCCACGGCACCCAGAAGGAGGAGAUCCCAGAUGAAGAACUGGAGGAGCUGGAGGACGUGGAUGAGAUCGACCACGCUGAGCGCGAGCUCCGCCGAGGCCAGAUUCUCUGGUUCCGAGGCCUCAAUCGGAUCCAGACUCAGAUGGAUGUUGUGAGUGCGUUCCAGAGUGGAACCUCCUUUCAGGGGGCUCUAAGGCGGCAGGCCUCCAACUCCAGCCAGCAACAGCACGAUAUCCGAGUUGUGAAGGCAUUCCGCAGCUCCAUCUCCCUCUAUGAGGGCCUGGAGAAGCCCGAGUCGCGGUCGUCGAUCCACAACUUCAUGACCCACCCCGAGUUCCGGAUAGAGGACUCGGAGCCCCACAUCCCCCUCAUCGACGACACCGACGCGGAGGACGACGCUCCCACCAAGCGCAACUCUGCCAGCCCGCGCAACGCCACACCCACUCCGCCUUCGCCUUCGCCCUCGCCUGCCCCCACCGCGGCCCCCAGCACGCCCGUCUCCCCCUCCCCCAACCAGAACAAUAACGCUGUAGAGAGCAGCAACCACCUCUUCCCGGAGGGCCCCAAAUCAGGAACCCUGUCGGCCCCGGGGAGCCCCCUGCACAGCCUGGAGACGUCCCUUUGAUCUGACCCGGCUCCACACGGCUGCACCUGUUUUUCUUAGCCACCACCAGAGGGCGCUCCGCUCAGACGAGCGGCCGCGGCGCUUUGAGAGGAGAGAGACGGCGGUCUGAACGGAGCGUGGAGUCUUGUGUGAGCUCGGCUCGGGCGGGACUGAAAGAACAGCAAACAUUCAGAGGAAUGUACGGCUUGAUGUGGAUUCUUUGAUUUAACUUUUCUCUGUUGGUUCCUGUUAAUACCCUGCUGCAACACAAGGACUCGGUCUUCGUCCCACCCUCCUCGGUAACCUCUUUAUUUUUUUUAUUUUUAUUUUUUUUUGUCUGGGUUGCAAGCGGCGAUCAUGAACUCAGAUUGAAAGUGACCUGUUUUUAUUGCUCUAAUAUUAUUGCUGUUAUUUGAAUCGAGAAGGCGAGGUCCUCCUCCGGCCGCGAAGACCGUCUUGUAAGAUUAUGAAAGGACUUUUAGCUUCUCUUUUUUUUUUUUUUUUGUCUGAAGGGUGUUGUAUAUUUAUUUCUCUGGCCCUUCUCAUUCAGAACCUAUUUCUGCUUUAUCGGCUGUUAAUAUUGAGUUAUUUAUGUUUUUGGGAAAAAAACAGGUCUGUUUACAAAGUUUGUAGAUAGUUUUUUUUUUUUUUUUUUUUUUCUGUUUGUAGGCAAAAGAGCUUCCUGAUGUAUAAUCCAGAAAACUGGGACAGUAUAAACAUUAUUGAGAGGAUUAUUUCAGAUACUGCUGUAUUUUCAGGAAAAAAAAAAAGGGUGUUUCUAUUGAAACUUAACUAUUUUUGCCUGCAAGUUUUGUUAUAUAUUUGUUGAUAUAGAACCUUCUAGCCAAACCGAUGAACAUAAAGGCUUGUAUAGAAAAAAGAGGUCCAAGGGUUACGAGGUGUUUUUCACAGGAGGCGCAGCUGGGACGACGAUGACGGCCUCUCCCCCACUAUCAUCACUAUAAAUAUUCUUCCAUUUCUUUAAUAGUUUUCAUGUGCACAAGAUGGUCUGGAUUCUCUUUUCAUUCAUUUUGUUGUGUUUGAGGAUGUCCACGUGUUAAAAGGUUCGUUGUUUUUUUUUUUGUUUUUUUUUUAAAGGGAUUUUUAGAAAGCGUCUGGGCCUGUACUUAACAAGCAUCUCACUCAGAGUCCAGCUGGAGGACGGGGAGGUACGCCUCCCGCAUCCGUCUUUCAGCGCAGACUGGUUCUCUUUUUAGAUCUGUGGCGCUAUAAAGUUCAAAAGAAGAAGAAAAAAAAAACACCUUUGGACUCACAGUUGCAUCGUUUGGUGAUGCAGCUUUAAUCGUGCAGGAAAAGUAUAUUUUAAGGCAAAUAAAGAAGAAAAAAAUCUUUUUAUAAUCACUUCAGUUCAACUUGGCACUCAGCCGCUGAAAUGUUUUUUUCAGUGAGACGGUCGUACAGACUAAAUAUGAAUGUGCCUUGGCUACAACAGUGAUUUUAAACGAUCCUGAUCCCAUCGCUCACCACCUUCAGGAAACUCCUCGCGGAGAAAAGGCGCUCUUGUUUCUACAGCUAAAAGCAGGACCAAAAAGGAAGGGAAAAAAAAAAAAAAACUGAAACCAACCCCACACGUUCAUUUCAAACCUUUUGGGUGUGGCAUGACAAAUCUCCGCCCUUUUUUUGGAUGCUUGAUAAAUAUAGAUCCUGGUAAUCAUGCAGUUUGUUUUACUUUUUUGUUUGUUUUUUUAAAAUGAGGAAACCAUUAGCGCCCUGCCAAUGUGCAAUACUGACAUACAUUUUUACUCAGGCAUCAAACUAGAAAUCCAUUGAAGACUUUUGCGUAUUUUAGGGAGCAAAAUGUUGUCGGGCAAAACGAAAAAUAUCACCGUUCAUCCAUUUUAAGAUCGUACUCUAAAGAAAGUUUUAAGUUUUUUUUUUUUUUUUUUUUUUUAUAAAACAUCCAUUUCUUUUAUGUUUUUGUUCUUAAGCCUGUCCAUAAGACUCAUUUCACUCAUAUUAAAUGUUUCUGCAUUUGGUUUGUUUGUAAAAUAGUUUGGAAACCUGAUGUACUGGAAACGCUAAAGUUUGGACAUGUGCAUUUUUCAAGAAGAAAUACUAGGCAUACACUGGUAUCUAUCUGCACAGGGUACUUUAUACAUGCUGUACUGUGUUUAGAGUUUUCAAUAAAAGUUGUCACUGGAC